AUGGCAGAUGCUAAAGCCAGCAACUCCACCGUAGAAGGAGACCUUGAAACGGCAUCUAAUGGUUCCGACCGACGCAGCACACAUAUUGAACGAAUGGAUAUCAUACACAGAUCCUUGAGUUUUAGUGAUAUAUACCAGACUCCUAUAAACAAACCUAAGGAAUAUCCUACACUGCAAACAUGGAUGCUGGCAUACCAAGCUCUGGGAGUUGUAUACGGAGACCUGGGAACCUCCCCUGUCAACACUUUCUCUUCCACGGCCAUCACAAACCUUAAUGAAGACGACCUAGUAGGUGUCCUAAGCCUCAUCUUUUGGACUAUGACAUUACUCUGUCUGGUCAAAUAUGUGUUCAUAGUUCUUCAUGCCAAUGAUCAUGGAGAAGGUGGUACCUUCGCUCUGUACUCGAUUAUCCGGCGACAUAUAAGUUUUCACAGCAGACUCACGUUUCAGAACACAAGGUUGGAGUCCGUUGGAAAUCUGACGUCUUACCGGCCUCAGGGGAGUUCUCUCCGAUCAAAGACUAAGAAGUUCUUAGAGAGAAGCACUGUUGCUCAGAAUCUUCUUACUUUUGUUGUGUUGCUUGGAACUUGCAUGGUCAUUGGCGAUGGGGCACUCACUCCUGCAACUAGUGGUAAACUUCCAGUUUUAUCACCAACACACACACAUACGCACGCUUAUUACUUAUAUAUUUAUAGGUUUUAUGAGACAGUGACACUACGAUGCUAA